AUGACGCGCAAGAAAGCUAAGGCAAGCACAGAUACUGGAGAGAUUGCAGAACGAUCCAUGAAAUUCUUCAUGUCGUCAAUACGCGACCCACAAAAGGUCGUGCACUGUGGGCGAUGCCUGUAUGGUGCCUUGCUCCUUUCGACCGCAGACCCCGAGCGUCCGAUCGACACGCCGGAGAAAUCGCCAACCUCGAUCAGGAAGAAUCUUGAAUUUUGGAAUCUCCUCCUCUCGUUUCUUGUUACCCCCAGAACGGACGAAGAAGUUGACCGCAUACUCACUUCGUUCUCGCAAUGUUCUUGCCACCUCACUGAUCCCAAUAUCAGCCAAUACCACAGGGCUGCACAGCUAGCAGAGGCGGGCUCGAUGAACAGGACAUGGAUGGAAUAUUACGCACCGCCGUCUGAGAAAUCGAAGUACUCGACUGCGCGGUGCGCCUUCGUGAUCAAGGGUUUUACCGUCCUUUACUCUGGCCUUAAGGAAGGCGGCAUCAAAUCCGUAGCAAAGGACACUACCCGUACAUGGCCUGGUACCCCAGCGGAUCUCAUGCCAUUUGGCCCCGACGAACUGGUGAAAACCAUGCUGCAGUGGUAUCGCUUUGCCCCCGACCCCAUCGUUGUCCAACUUAUCACCCGCAUCCUCCACACCGCUCGCCACACCCUUAUCCCCAGCCUUUACAAAUAUCGCCUUGCCCACUCCUUCGUUGAUUAUGCGCGAAACAUAUUCGACCUCACCGUUGUCGAACUCCAGAAGCCACGGCCUGCAUCUGACAAGGCGUAUUUGACGGCUACGACAGCCAACCUCAUGCGGUAUCACUACAUACUGCAAGGAGUGUUGGACUUCUUGAACGAAGUCCUCAACGAGCUACCGUGUGAUUGCAUUGCGGACAUAAUACUUGGUUGCGAGACCAAGUUCAUGCAACUAUGUUCCCUCAUCGUUUAUCUCUCCUCCGAUCCAUGUAUGGUCAACCACGAAGCCAAUGAAAAGGCAAUUGACUCCUUCACACGUCAUGGCUUCUCUCUCUACAGGCUUUUCCACAUGCACCUCCCCCCUCGUCCCGACAUACCCCUCCACCCGGAUAUCGUGAAAUUGGACGAGAAAAUCUUCCCUCCCACCCUCCGUCAGAACUGUCCCGAAGACUGUCUUGCACUGGAUUGGAACCUUCCACAAGGAAGAUCGGUGUACAGCGUACAAGUGUCCCAACUCGAUACAAAGCGCAGGCAGGAGCUUCCAACGCUGCAGCCGCUGCCAUGCCGUCUCGCCACCGCAUGGCGCGAUGAGAAGUACCCCCACAAGCGGGUCUGUCGUGCUAUCCGCUCCUUGGUUAACGCGGCAGGUGGACCAGGGCUGUUUUGGCAUACAUCCGAUUCCCCUCCUAUACCGAUGGAGAUUCCUACAGAUUUGCCAUUCAUAGCCUUCGAACCUUAUAUCCUGGAAAAUUGGAAGAAGGUCGGUAUCAGUGAAGACCACAAAGAUAUGGUCCUCGUUUAUGACUGGUCCAAAUACAUCGAAGGGACAAGAAACGUGCCUAAUGGAUCGACAUGGACCGAGGGAUUUCCCGACUACGAAGACGCCCUUGCGAGGGUGACCGUUCCGCUUGGAUGA